AUGAAUGUCCGUUCCAUUGCCACCGCGGCAAGACUUGCCGACUUCGAAGCCGCGGUCGAGAAUGUCAAGUUCGAUGUCAUUGGAGUCUCGGAGACACGAAUGGCUGGCAAAGGAAGAAUAGACCUCUCAAGAGCUCGAAAUCACCGUGGACAAAUGUUGGCCGACUUUUGUGAGGAAAGAAAGCUAUUUCUUGCUAACUCGUUCUUCAAAAAGAGACUUGAUGAUCGCUGGACAUGGCGAAAUGAUGCCUUGGGACUGAAGAAAGAGAUUGAUUAUGUAUUGUUGAGAAGUAUGAAGGGCGUUGUCGAUGUAGGAGUGCUCACUAGUGUUAACACGGGGAGUGAUCACCGCAUGUUAAGAUGUAAAAUGCGUCUGAAUCCGAUCUCACAACCAGUAAGAAGACCAAGAGGAUUCCCCGUUAUCGACAGCGACUUAUUGUGUUCAACCGCUCAAUGUUUACUACAUGAAAAUAUGAUGACUGGCGAUACAAUCAAAGAUUAUGAUACCAUUACUCGCGUCAUAACAACAGCUACUCAGAUGUCCACAAGGCCAAUAUCGCUGCUGUCGACGCUGUAUAAGGUGCUGACAAGAAUAUUUACAGACCGUUUGACAGCCACAAUUGAGGAAAAGUCAAUUCUACCACCGGAGCAGGCUGGUUUCCGCAAGCACUUCUCGACCAUAGAUCAUAUUCACACUAUUAAUAUGAUUACCGAGAAAUGUCACGAGUUCAAUAUAGAGCUAUGUGCCGUUUUCGUCGAUUUUAAGAAGGCCUUCGAUAGCGUGGAACUUCCAAUGAUAUGGAAAGCGUUGGAGCAUUUUGGUGUAGAGGAGAACUUGAUAAUGGCCAUACAGCUGCUGUAUGCACACAGUACCGCUGCCGCAGAAUAG